AUGAUGCAAGGACUUCACCACCAUCAACAGCAACUCGCAGCUCUCCUCUCCAUCGCCCUUGCCAAAGACGACUCUGCUCCCGUCGUCACUCCCUCUCCUUCUACUGCCGGCUCCUCAGUUGUCGCUGCCGCUGCCGCUGCCGCCACCGCGCCGGCACCAGCAACUCCGAUAACGACGAAAACUGCUAACUCCAAUGCCGACGAUUCCGCUCGGCUCAGCGCAAUCAACUCGCUCCACCGUGCUAUCCUCUACCCUCCCAACUCGCUCCUUGUCGCUCACUCUGCUUCGUUUCUCUCCCAGGGUUUCUCUCAGCUGCUCUCUGACAAGUCACAGUCUGUGAGGCGGUCUGCAGCUGUCACAUAUGGGGCACUCUGUUCGGUAUUGUGUUCGAUUCCUGUCGGAGCAAGCGGAAGGCCAAACCAUCUUGUGCUUGGUGGUUUGGUUGACAGGUUUAUUGCUUGGGCUUUGCCAUUGCUGUCCAAUGUUACUGCUGGUGAUGCUGCAAUGGAGCUGGCAGUUGAAAGCCUGCAUGAGUUUCUUAGUGUUGGAGAUGUUGUGGGUACAGAAAGAUUCGCGUUACCUAUCCUCAAAGCAUGCCAAGAGCUUCUGGAAGACGAGAGAACCUCCUUAAGUUUAUUGCGGCGGCUUCUAGGCAUUAUGACCUUGAUUUCUUUGAAGUUUUACAGAUUCUUCCAGCCUCAUUUUGUUGAUGUAGUUGACUUGCUUCUUGGAUGGGUAUUGGUACCAGAUCUUGCAGAAGCAGAUAGACGAGUGAUUUUGGAUAGCUUUUUGGAAUUUCACAAGCACUGGGUCUCAAAUUUACAGUUCUCUCUAGGAUUGUUGUCGAAGUUUCUGGGUGACAUGGAAGUCUUGCUUCAAGAUGACAGUCAUGGAACUCCCCCACAAUUCCGGAGGUUGCUUGCAUUGCUUUCUUGUUUUUCAACAGUACUGAAGUCCACUGCUUCUGGGUUGCUGGAAAUGAAUUUGCUCGAACAGAUAAGCGAACCACUUAGCAAACUGCUCCCACGGCUGUUGCAAUGCUUGCCCAUGAUUGGGAGGAAAUUCGGAUGGUCGAAGUGGAUUGAGGAUUUAUGGAAGUGCUUGACUCUUUUGGCAGAAAUAUUGGGUGAAAGGUUUUCAACCUUGUACCCGCUUGUUGUCAAUAUCUUAUUUCAGAGCUUGGAUCAGAGUAGAACUAAUCAACUUGGUGGUGCUGAGAAGGUUACUUCCUUUCAAGUUCAUGGGGUUUUGAAGACCAAUCUUCAACUGUUAUCCCUACAAAAACUUGGUAUCCUCCCAGCAUCAGUCCAGAAAAUACUAGAGUUUAAUUCACCAGUUUCGCAACUGCGGUUGCAUCCGAAUCACUUGGUGACAGGAAGUUCUGCUGCCACUUAUAUUUUCUUGCUUCAACAUGGGAAUGAGGAGGUUGUUCAGCAAGCAGUAACUGUGUUAACUGAGGAGCUGGAGUUCUUGAAGGGCAUAUUGAAGAAAACUACAAACACUAGAAAUGAGGUGACUAGUGCCUCAGAUGUCCACUCUUUCUUUAAGUCUGAGCUGUUUUCCCUGAUGAAAUUUGAUUUGAAGGUUCUACUGACAUGUGUUUCUGCGAUUGGCGAUAAGAAUUUGAUUGGGCAUCCAGAUAUCGCUGCAUUGUAUUUGAAGAGAGUAGAGAAGCUGACUUCUUUUGUUAUUGAGAAACUGAAUCCCUUUGACCUAGCUAUUCAAGACUGUGUCGAUUUGCAAGCGAAUAUCAUUGGUAUGCUUGAGAGGCUUGCUUCCAUUGAAUUUUGGAGCCGCUGGUCCACAAAAGAAGUACCUAGUGGGACAGCUUCUCAUGAGGUAGCUACCAAAGCUACAUGCAAUGGUAGACGUCCUCAGGAUGGACAUUCUGCUCUUGUAGCUGAGCUUAUGGAGAAGUAUAAUCUAGUCCUUGUCAAAGCCUUACAUUAUGGAUCUCCACUUGCCCUUAAAAUGGCCGCCUUAGCAUGGAUAGAAAGGUUCUCCAAAAUUCUUGUUGCUAGUUUUCAGAAUGUAGAACUAGAAUUCUCUUUUGGCGAGGCACUUUGUUGCAACAAACCUCUUGGCAAUAUAAUCUCUGCUGUUUUUGAUGCUGCUUCAGAUAGGGAAUCAAAAGUGAGGUUGGCUGUUGCUUCAGUUCUGGAGCUGCUUCUACAAGCAAGGCUCAUGGAUGCCAUGUAUUUCUAUCCCAUGGUUGAAGUGGUCUUAGAAAAGCUCGGUGAUUCAAAUGGGGAUGUCAAAUUUGCAUUUGUUAGACUCCUCUCAAAUGUGUUGCCAAUGUCAGUUUAUGCAUGUGGUAUAUUUGACUGUGGCUUGUCAAUCAUGAGAAAGCCUCUUGCAGAUAACUCCUACAACUUGCACUGGAAGCAAGUUUUUGCUUUGAGGCAGCUGAAGCAACUUCAUUCUCAGCAGCUUGUUACUGUUUUGAGUUAUAUUUCUCAAAGAUGGAAGGUACCUCUUUCUAGCUGGAUCCAACGACUCAGUCAUGCCAGUCGUAAUGCGAAGGAUAACACUGUAGGCCAACUUGAGGAUCCACUUAUUUCGGGUGGUGAUUUUCUGUUGUUAGACAGAAAAAUGGAUGGAGAUAUUCUUGAAAGGAUGUGCUUGGUUAAUAAUUUAGCCGGUGCAUGGUGGGCUAUACAUGAAGCAGCUCGAUACUGUAUUGCAACAAGACUGAGGACUAAUCUUGGUGGACCUAGUCAAACUUUUGCGGCAUUGGAGAGAAUGCUUUUGGAUGUUGCACACUUGAUUCAACUUGAUGUUGAGCAAAAUGAUGGAAACCUUAGUAUUAUAGGGUCUUCAGGUGCACACCUGCUGCCCAUGAGGCUGCUUUUGGAGUUUGUGGAGUCCCUAAAGAAGAAUGUAUACAAUGCAUAUGAGGGAUCAUCCAUUUUACUGCCUGCAACACGCCAGAGUUCCUUGUUCUUUAGGGCAAACAAGAAGGUUUGUGAAGAGUGGUUUUCUCGUAUGUGUGAACCGAUGAUGAAUGCUGGAUUAGCAUUGCAAUGUCAUGACACCACAAUUCAAUAUUGCACGGCACGCUUGCUGGAGAUUAGAAGUCUGUUCGCUUCAACCUUAAAAGACAAGUCUAGGGUACAAACAGCAGAGAACCUCCGUACAACAAGGGACAGGUUUUCUGGAGAUAUUUUGAAGGUCUUACGCCACAUGGCUGUGGCUCUAUGUAAGAUUCAUGAUUCAGAAUCGUUGAUAGGACUGCAGCAGUGGGCUUCAAUGACUUUUUCUUCCUUGUUUGUAGAUGAUAACCAGUCCGUUGGUCAUAAUGACUCAUCAGGGCCUUUGACAUGGGUCACUGGUCUUAUAUAUCAGUCACAAUGUCAAUAUGAAAAAGCAGCUGCUUACUUCUGCCACUUGCUUCAAAAUGAGGAAUCUCUCAGCUCCAUGGGUUCAGAUGGUGUCCAGUUCACUAUUGCGCGCAUAAUCGAGAGCUAUACUGCUAUCUGUGAUUGGAACUCCCUUGAAUCAUGGUUAUUGGAGUUGCAAACACUCCGUUCUAAACAUGCUGGAAAGAGUUAUUCUGGUGCUCUAACUACAACAGGUAAUGAAGUCCAUGCAAUUCAUGCCUUGGCACGUUUUGAUGAAGGUGACUUCCAUGCAGCUUGGUCAUGCCUUGAUUUGACUCCUAAGAGUAGCUGUGAACUCACUCUUGAUCCUAAAUUAGCUUUGCAAAGGAGUGAACAAAUGCUUUUACAGGCAAUGCUGCUUUCUGUUGGGGGGAAGGAAGACAAGGUCACACUUGAAAUACAGAAGGCGGAGUCAAUGUUGGAUGAAAUUUUGUCUGUUUUGCCACUUGACAGCAUAGCUGAUGCAGAGGCUUAUGCGACUCAGUUGCACUGCAUCUUUGCAUUUCAGGAAGGUCAGAAGCUAAACAGUAGUCAGUCCAUACCCAAGAAGCAUCAAUCAUUGUUAGUGUCAUAUGUUGGCAGUGUCGAGUCUCGAAUGAGCACAAUUCGCCAAGAUUGUAGUUCAUGGUUAAAAGUUCUUAGGGUCUAUCAAAACAUACUACCAGCUUCUCCAUUCACUCUAAAGCUUUCUAUGAGCAUGCUACGUUUAGCUCGCAAGCAGGGGAACUUCAUGUUGGCAAACCGCUUGAAUAAUCAACUCCGAGAUAAUUUAACGAAGUGCUCGGAGAAGAGACACCAUGAUGCCUUACUGCUACAUCUCCAGUAUGAAGAAUUUGUACGGGAGCAUGCUGAUAACAAGAUUGAAGAUGCUUUUUCACAUCUUUGGUCUUUUCUGCACCCGAAGAUCUUUUCGCAGGAAUUUGUAUGUUCAAGUUAUGAUGAGAGUUUUGUGAAGGCUAAGGCUUGCUUGAAACUUGCAAAAUGGUUGAGACUUGACUACCCUGACAUCUCUCCUCGCAAUAUCAUGCUUAAGAUGCUAGCUGAUUUUAAAGUGGAUGAUGGGUCCCUGUUUGGUAAAAGUGAAGCCGUGUCCGACAACUUAGGUUCUGAAGCAAGUGCAGCUUCUCUUAUUGAGGAAUUUGUGGGUACUGCUACAAAGUUCUCAACACAACUAUGCCCAACAAUGGGGAAGACGUGGAUUUCUUAUGCUUCAUGGUGCUUUGAUCAGGCUAGGGACUCACUCUUUAACCCACGUGAAACUGUACUUCAGUCAUGCUUGUUCUCUCCUGUACUUCUUUCAGAGGUCCAUCCUGGAAGAUUCAAGCUAACUGAAAAUGAGAUGGCAAGUGUGCGAUCUCUGAUCUUCAGUCUUUUUGGGAAAGAAGGCGUUGCCCUGAAUGUUGAAGGGAAAGAGGAUAAUUCUUCUGUGCAGCAUUCAGGAGGUAGCAGUGCAAUUCAUGCCUUGCUGGAGCAGGUAGUCAAUGCUAUUGAAACUACGGCUGGUUUUCCUGGUGGAGAACCACUUUCUGGUACCCUGGCUUCUCAACUCCAGACUUUGCUCCUUGGUACCAACACCAGCCUGGAUAUAUCCAAUGUUGCAGCUCUGGUGGAGGAUUUAGUUAAUAUUUGGUGGUCUUUGAGAAGGAGGCGGGUUUCUUUUUUUGGGCAUGCUGCUCAUGGUUUUAUGAGAUACCUUACUCGUUCAUCUGCAAAGACUUCUGAUGGUCUGUUUGCCGGCUCUAAAUGUGAGCUAUUAAAGCAAAAGUCAAGCAGCUAUACAUUGAGGGCUAGCUUGUACACUCUGCACAUCCUCCUUGAUUAUGGAGUUGAGUUAAAAGAUAUAAUUGAACCUGGUCUUUCAAUGCUUCCUCUGUUUCCAUGGCAGGAACUCACUCCCCAGUUGUUUGCUCGUCUAAGUUCACAUCCGGAGCAAGUGGUGCGAAAGCAACUAGAGGGCUUACUAUUGCUGUUGGCUAAGCUGUCUCCUUGGUCAAUAGUGUAUCCAACUCUUGUGGAUGUAAAUACUAGUGAGGAGAAGCCUUCAGAAGAGCUUCAACAUAUUUUGGGUUCCUUGAGAGAGCUGUAUCCCAGAUUAAUUCAGGAUGUUCAGUUAAUGAUAAAUGAACUUGGUAAUGUAACUGUUCUCUGGGAGGAACUAUGGCUUAGUACACUUCAGGAUCUUCAUGCAGAUGUCAUGAGGCGUAUAAAUGUUCUGAAAGAGGAAGCCACACGUAUCGCAGAAAAUGCUACUCUGAGUCUAGCUGAGAAAAAGAAGAUCAAUGCUGCUAAGUAUUCAGCCAUGAUGGCCCCCAUUAUUGUAGCUUUGGAGCGCCGCCUGGCUUCAACAUCUCGAAAACCUGAAACACCACAUGAAACAUGGUUUUGUGAGGAGUACAGAGAAAAAGUGAGCUUAGCCAUUACAAAGUUCAAGACCCCUCCAGCUUCUGCUACUGCUCUUGGGGAUGUUUGGCAGCCAUUUGAGGAUAUUGCUUCUUCCCUUGUGUCCUAUCAGAGAAAUUCUUGCAUAUCUUUAGGAGAAGUUGCACCACAACUGGCUUCGCUAUCAGCGUCAUCUGAUGUUCCAAUGCCCGGUCUUGAAAAGCAAGUCAGCAUAUCUGAAUCGGACAGGGAUUUAUCUACAACCCAGGGGAUCGUUAGAAUUGCUUCUUUUUGUGAAGAGGUUACUGUAUUGUCUACUAAGACCCGACCUAAGAAACUUGUGAUGCUUGGUUCAGAUGGUCAGAAGUACACUUAUCUUUUGAAAGGGCGUGAAGAUCUGCGUCUUGAUGCCAGAAUCAUGCAGCUUUUGCAGGCUAUGAAUGGGUUUCUGCGUUCAUCUUCUGAUACUCAUAAGGAUUUGCUCUCCAUACGCUAUUAUUCUGUGACUCCAGUCAGUGGUCGGGCUGGUCUCAUCCAGUGGGUGGACAAUGUGAUAAGCAUGUACAGUGUCUUCAAAUCAUGGCAAAAUCGUGUACAGCAGGCCCAACUUUCUGCAGUCAAUGCAGCAGGAAAUUCAAGAGGCUCUGUUCCUCCACCCAUUCCUAGACCAAGUGAUAUGUUUUAUGGGAAAAUUAUACCUGCGCUUAAAGAGAAAGGAAUACGAAGAGUAAUUUCAAGAAGAGACUGGCCGCAUGAUGUCAAGCGUAAGGUUCUUCUGGAUCUUAUGAAGGAGGUUCCUAAACAGCUCCUACAUCAAGAACUUUGGUGUGCAAGUGAAGGGUUCAAAGCCUUCAGCUCGAAGUUAAGAAGGUAUUCUGGAAGUGUUGCAACCAUGAGUAUAGUAGGCCACAUUUUGGGUUUGGGGGACCGGCAUUUGGAUAAUAUUCUUGUGGACUUCUGUAGUGGGGAUAUUGUACAUAUUGAUUACAAUGUAUGCUUUGAUAAAGGGCAACGACUAAAGAUACCAGAGAUUGUCCCAUUCCGCCUUACUCAAAUCAUUGAAACUGCUCUGGGGAUUACUGGAGUGGAAGGAACCUUCAGAGCAAGCUGUGAAGCGGUUCUAAGUGUCAUGAAGAAAAACAAGGACAUAAUUUUAAUGUUGCUAGAGGUCUUUAUUUGGGAUCCUCUUGUAGAAUGGACACGAGGAGAUUUUCAUGAUGAUGCUGCAAUUGGAGGUGAAGAAAGAAAGGGUAUGGAGCUGGCUGUCAGCUUGAGCUUAUUUGCUUCUCGUGUGCAGGAAAUACGUGUUCCUUUACAGGAACAUCACGAUCUUUUCUUGGCUACCUUACCCACUGUUGAAUCUGCUCUUGAGGGAUUUGCUGAUAUUUUAAACAGAUAUGAGCUUGCUUCUGCUCUCUUUUAUCAAGCCGACCAGGAGAAAUCUAAUCUCAUUGUGCACGAGGCAUCUGCAAAGUCAAUAGUUGCAGAUGCAAAUUCUAAGUUGGAGAAAGCUCGAGUAUCCUUUGAAGUUCACGCUCGAGAGUUCACCAAAGCGAAGACCAUGAUAGCCGAAACUGCCCAAGAGGCUGCUGCAUGGGUUGAGCAACAUAGCAAAAUUCUGGAUGCACUACGAAGCAAUUUACUUCCUGAAACCAACUCCUCCUUGAAGCUGGCCAAUGGAGCGGCAGAUAAGCUGUCUCUUACAUCUGCUGUUGUUGUGGCAGGAAUACCAUUGACCAUAGUACCUGAACCCACACAGAUACAGUGCCAGGACAUAGAUAGAGAGGUUUUUCAGCUUAUAGCUGAAUUGGAUCAUGGACUUUCCUCCGUCCGUAAUGGGAUCCAAGCCUAUACAUGUGCCCUGCAACGUAUCCUGCCUCUAAAUUAUCUAACAACUAGCAAGAUUCAUGGCUGGACACAGUUGUUGCAACUAGCUGCAAAUCCCCAUUCCUAUGAUGCUGUCUCUCUUGCUAGAAGACAGGCUGCUGAGCUCAUUCCAAGAUUAAAUGGGGGUAAUCUUGAUUCUGCUAAACACAGGCAUAUGGAGCUUUGCUCUAAAGUGGAGAAAUAUGCAGAAGAGGUUAAGAGAGUUGAGGGAGAAUCUGCUGAGCUGGCGAACUCCAUAGGCAUUGAGACUGAGUCAAAAGCUAAGGAGCGUCUUAUGUCCACAUUUAUAAAGCAUAUACAGUCUGCUGGUCUUGUAAGGAAAAUUGAUGCCAGUCCUCCCAACCAGUCGGGGCAAUUACAACUUGCUAUUGAUCUGGAGGAUAAGAAGGAGAAAGUGGGAAUGAUUUUAAAUAUGGCAAUAAGUUCUGUGUACAGUGAGGUGAAGCAUAAUCUUCUUGGGAUAUGCAAUGUUGCAGCUAAUUCAAACGAUAGGUUUGGGACCAUUUUCAGUGGUUUUGAAGAGCAGGUAGAGAGAUGCGUACUUGUGGCUGGGUUUGUCAGCGAGCUGUGGGAAUUCCUUAGAGCUGAAUUUCCUGGUAGUCAUACAAGUGGAGAACAUGAGAGGAGUUUGAAUGGGAGUGAGAUUUUAAACUUUCAGAGGACAUUGAUUUGCUGCAAGUGUCUGGUUGAAGAAAUGACUGAAGUUGUUCUCCAUGAAGUCAUGAAAUCUGCUGUUUCACUAAAUUCAGAGGUCAUGGAUGCAUUUGGAUUAACGUCACAGAUUCGAGGUUCCAUUGACACUGCAUUAGAGCAACUCCUAAAUGUUGAACUAGAGAGGGCAUCGUUGAAUGAACUGGAAAAGAGCUAUUUUGUCAAGGUUGGCUUCAUUACCGAACAACAGCUGGCUCUUGAGGAAGCUGCAAUGAAGGGUAGGGAUAAUCUUUCUUGGGAAGAGGCAGAAGAACUGGCCUCUCAAGAAGAAGCUUGUAGGGAUCAGCUGGAUCAACUCCAUAAAAUGUGGAACCAACGGGAAUCACGGGCUACUUCUCUCUUGAAGAAAGAAAUAGAUACUAGAAAUGCCUUGGGUUCUACUGAGUGGCAGUUUAAAUCUCUUACAAUAGGUCAAGAUGGUAGAAAUCCACAAGUUUUAGGAAGCAAAGCACUACUAUCCGUGCUAGCUAGGCCCUUCUCUGACUUGGAAUCAGUUGACCAAGGAUUGUCAAUAUUUACUGAAUCAGUUGCUUCUUCAUACAAAGACGACUUGGCAGAUUUAGCAGAUUUGUUUUCCUCUGGAUACUCAGUAUCUGGACAUAUAUGGAAAUUUGGAGGCUUAUCGUCUAGCCAAUGCUUUUUUGUUUGGAAAGUAUGUAUUAUGGAUUCCAUUCUUGAUUCAUGCAUACAUGACGUGGCUUCAUUAAUGGAUCAGAAUCUGGGUUUUGACCAGCUGUUCAAUGUUGUAAAGAGAAAGCUGCAAGUCCAACUUGAAGAUCAUGUCGGUCGUUACCUGAGGGAAAGAGUUGCACGUACUUUUGCGCUUUGGUUAGAUAAAGAAAUUCAGCAUUUGGAUCAGUUGACCGAGGACAGAUCAAAGGAACUUUCUCCUGAACAAGUAAGGAAGGACAAAGGAGCUGUUAGGAAGGUCCAGCUGAUGAUUGAAGAAUACUGCAAUGCACAUGAAACUGCUAGAGCAGCACGAUCAGCAGCUCUGUUGAUGAAGAAACAGGCAAAUGAGCUCAAGGAAGCUCUCCAUAAGGCUAGCCUUGAGAUUGUCCAGUUGGAAUGGAUGUAUGAUGCACUGACCCCUUCACAAAAGAAUAGGGCUACAUUUCAAACCUUUCUUGACAGAGGAGACACGUUGUAUUCCAUCAUUCCAACCCUCACCCGGCCUAAACUGUUAGAAGGAAUGCAGUCUGCUUUAACUAAUAUCUCUAGGUCAAUAGAUAGCCUGCAAUCUUGUGAACGUAAUUCCGUAGCUGCAGAAGGACAACUGGAGAGAGCAAUGGGCUGGGCUUGUGGUGGCCCAAACUCAAAUUCACUGGGUGCUUCAUCGAAGAUUUCAGGUAUCCCUCACGAAUUUCAUGAUCAUCUCGCCAGGCGACGGCAAUUGCUGUGGGAAUCUAAAGAUAAGGCAACAGCUAUUGUGAAAUUGUCUAUGUCAAUCUUGGAAUUUGAAGCAUCAAGAGAUGGAAUGUUCAGGAUACCAGGGGAAGGCCAUCCAUCAAGGCCUGGUAAUGAUGGCAGGGCAUGGCAGCAGACUUACUUUAACGCACUUACUCAAUUGGAGAUGACUUACCAUUCCUUCACGCGUGCUGAGCAGGAGUGGAAGCUGUCUCAAGGCACAAUGGAAGCUGCUUCAAAUGGGUUAUUUUUGGCAACUAAUGAACUGUGCAGUGCAUCUCUUAAAGCAAAAUCAGCUUCAGGUGAUCUUCAGAGCACUGUUCUUGCGAUGCGGGAUUGUGCUUUUGAAGCUAGCAUUGCCCUUUCUUCUUUUUCUCGUUUGUCAAGGGGGCACACUGCUUUGACUUCUGAGUCUGGCACCAUGCUUGAAGAGGUUCUUGCAAUAACUGAAGACCUGCAUGAUGUUCAUACAUUAGGAAAGGAGGCUUCUGCCCUGCAUCACACCCUUGUGGGAGAACUUUCAAAGGCAAAUGCAAUUCUUCUUCCUCUUGAAUCAAUACUAUCUAAGGACGUUGCUGCAAUGACUGAUGCCAUAGCCAGGGAGAAAGAAACCAAGAUGGAUGUGUCACCAAUUCAUGGACAAGCCUUAUACCAAUCGUACUAUUCGAGGAUUAUGGAGGCUAUUCGGGCAUUUAAACCCAUAGUACCAUCACUCACAACAUCUGUGAAGGGUCUGCGCUCAAUGCUAACUAGUCUCGCUCGUACUGCCGGUCUUCAUGCUGGAAAUCUUCACAAGGCUCUCGAAGGAUUGGCAGAAAGCCAGGAGGUGACAUCACCGGAGAUCAAUUUGUCCAGACCUGAAGUUGACAGUGAUGCUGAUCAAUUUGACGAGAAAGGAAUAGAGCAACUAUCAACCCCGGAAACUGAAACUGCUGAGGAUUUCCUUGGUGAAGUUGAGUGUAGCAUGCAAUACAAUGGAUGGGUAUCCCCCCCAGAUAGCAUUUGCAGUAGUAGCUCGGGAUCUGAUGAUUCCAUCUCUGUUGAUGCUAGCACUAUAGACAGUUGUGACAAUUUAGUAGACUUUGCUCAUGGCUCUGACGGUAGGCUGGCAACAAGUCAUCUUAGUUCUGCUCCAUCUUCUCAAACUGGUUAUCAGGCAGCCCCCUACUCGUUGGAAAUUCUGUCAAAGCAUGAGGCAGUGGGUCAGGGUGAAGAUCUGAAAUCUACGAUAUUGUCAGUGAGUGAAGCAAUUACAUCUCUCGAGACGUCACAACCUCUUAGUCAGGUCUCCACUGCGACACUUGAGGGCAAAGAUGAGAACGUAUCCUCUUCGAGCAGGAAUAAGGUUGAGGACAAUAAUCACGAAACUCCUCAACCCCGUUCACAUUCACAUACUGGGGCUCGAUUAGCCACAGGCAAGAACCCUUACGCUGUAUCAGUACUAAGGCGGGUGGAGAUGAAAAUUGAUGGCCGAGACGUUCCUGAGACCAGGGAAAUUAAUGUCCGGGAGCAAGUCGAUUUCCUGAUUAAACAAGCCAUGAGCGUAGAUAAUCUCUGCAACAUGUACGAAGGCUGGACUCCUUGGAUUUAA